CUCAGCUCUGUUCUGCGUACAAGUCUCGUUUCUUGGGAUUUUUCAUCCAUAAUCCCGCUCCCCAGAGCAGCAGAUAAAACGCCUUUAAAACUUCGUUCCCCUAAUCUCGCUCUGUUGCGAGCUACCGGCUUGUCGCCCAUCAUGCCCAAGGCUCUUCCUACCCCCACUUUGCCUCUCAAUGGCCUUUUCCCUAUCGCCAAACCUUCAGGCAAAAGCUCUAUGAGAGUAAUUGACAGAAUAACGCCACUUCUGCUCGACUCUAAACUGUUUGACGAUCCCGUGAAGCGUGCGCAGCCGCAAAUGAAGGGAAAACGUAAGAAGAAUCUAACUCAGUUUGGUCUCAAAAUUGGUCAAGGUGGAACUCUUGAUCCUUUGGCCGAUGGUGUGUUAGUUUUGGGUGUUAACCGGGGCACAAAACAUUUGAAUCAGUUCCUUGAGUGUAGCAAGGAAUAUGAAAGCAUAGGUUUGAUUGGAGCAACGACCACAUCUAUGGACGCGGACGAUCCUGUCCUGUCUACUGCCCCUUGGGAGCACAUCACUCGAGAGGAUGUUGAAAAAGUUUUAGAUCGCUUUCGAGGCGAGAUCAUGCAGGUGCCUCCCAUCUUCUCUGCGUUGAAGAUGGACGGUAAGCCGCUCUACGAGUAUGCUCGAGAAUCAAAACCUCUUCCUCGACCCAUUCCUGCACGAAAGUGCCAGGUAUCUAUCGAACUGAUAGAUUUUACUCCUGCAUCUGUCACUCCUGGCGACGGUGGGCAUGAUUACCACUGGCCCGAGAAAAGGCUUACAUCUGAAGAGAAGGAAACCUUCAGGAGACUGACUGAGAUUGUGCACAAUGCACAAACAGGUCCUGUUGAAACUGCAAAAACUUCUGGAAAUAAGGAUCAAGUGGAAGAGGAAAAACUAAGGGUUGUAGAGCCUCUGGUGCCCGACCUUGACGCUCCCGAAUAUCCCGAAAUCUCGCCAAAUAACGGUUUGCGUCCCCCAACCUUUACAGUUCGUAUGACAGUUUCAAGCGGAACCUAUGUGAGGUCGAUCGUCAAUGAUAUUGGAUUAGCGCUUGGCUGCGGUGCCCAUGUCGUUAAAUUGACUAGAACAAGGCAGGGAGAGUUUAGUCUCUACGGUGAUGAGAAGGCUUUGAGCACGGCGUCUGCCUCUGCCCCGGCUGAGGGCGAAGAAGCUAGUGUGAAUGAGGACAGACGGGAAGCCCCGGGUCCUUCUGGUGGCAGUAUUCCUUGGACAGUCUGGGAACGUGCUCUUGCUGAGAGGGAUGAGAUGAUUAAACGGGAAAAGCUGGAGAAGGAAGAAGCUAUCAUGGCCGGGAUGAGUGCAGAGGAAAUCCAUCAAGUCUAUAAUCCUGAGGCUAUCAAGCAGAGAAGGUGGGAAGGAGGGUGGAAAGAAUGGGAAGUAGAGGUGCUGAAGCGGUUCAAGCCUGUGCCUGUACCCAUCAACGGAGGUCAUGGAUUUAGAAUUUAACUGUAAUUCUAUGUAUCAUCAUG